AUGCACCUUACUUUAGUGAAGAUAAGUGGUUCGUUACUUAGUGAUAAAAAGCUUCUUAUGCUAUUUCUCUCUGAGCUGCACGGCUAUUGCACAAAUAACAAGAGUCGCUACAUUAUUGUGCAUGGAGGCGGAGCCACACUCAGUAAGUAUUGCAGAAAGCAUAACAUACAAUUCUCGUUUGAUGAGCAUGGGAAUCGUAGUACCUCUGCUAGUGCUAUGCAGGCUACACAACGUAUACUUGCGGGUCAAUUAAGCAGCGACCUCGUCCAUGCAUGUCUGACAUUGCAAAUACCUGCAAUAGGAUUGAGUGCAAGUGCCGGAGCAAUGGUGCUGGCACAAGUACAUAGCGGGCAUAGCGGGGAUAGCCAUACAGGUACGGUGCUUUCCUGCGAUCCAACACUGCCCUUGCUACUGCUGGAACAGCACUAUGUUCCAGUUAUAAAUUCAGUUGCAAGUGACGGGAAGGCUCGUGCUCUUAAUAUAAACGCCGAUGAGCUUGCUUCAGAACUCGCAAUAGCAGCUCGUGCGGAUGCUCUUAUCUUUAUUUCUGAUGUAGAGGGAGUUAUGGAAGAACAGCGCCUGCUGCCUAGUAUGGGGAGAGAGAAAGCUACAACAUUAACACAGAGUGGUGUUAUUGAAUUUGGAAUGAGAGUAAAGGUUCUUUCAGCGUGCAAGGCGAAAGAAUCCAAAGUAGAGCAGGUGUGUAUAGGAAACUACACGAAGCAAAGAGAUUUUCUAGAGUUGCUACAGGGUAGGCAAGGGACACGCAUUGAGUAA